AUGUCCCAUGCCCUUCUCCUACGACUUUUUUUGUCUCCAUCUUUCUUCUCCGUUCAUGUGGCUCUACGAUAUUUGAUGCUGUAUGCCGACAAUAUAGGCAUCACAUACUACCUUACGCGAAGAUUGAGAGAGCUCGACACCCAGGAAUUACGCGAAGUAUGGGGUUUCAUAUGUCAUUUGCUCGUCACCCGACCUUCCAAAUCGCGAGCACUGGAAUGCUUUGUAGUAGACAUCUCACAGCGGUCCACACAUAUAGCCAUGAUUACUCUUUGGCUUAUGCAAGCUUCAUUGCAAGAUCUCUCCUCAUCAACUGGUUCUCCGUCUUUUCAGGUAUGCCAGCGGACGUUACGAAGGUGUCAUGAAAUCAUCUUCGGUGAUCUUCCAACUCCAGUCUCUAGUCCGUACUCUGGCUUGGACCUGCCUUUCCAGGCGCGCUUCUCACGUCGCAAAGUUAAAGCCCAUGUCGAACCAGCACUCAUUGGACUUGGUCUGAUGUUAGCUGGAACGCCAGCCAUGCCUAAGCUUACUGAGAUCAUGGGUGAAAUUGCAUUGCAGCAGGGCCGUGCUGACGAGGACGGGUCAGACCUGAAAAGCGUCAAGACCGAUGUCAAUGACAUUGCUUCGCCAUCCGGAAAGACCGCUCAUAAUGACUCUGGGAAUGAUGAUGAUGAUGAUGAUGAUGCCUCAGAUGGAAAAAAUGAAGAUGACCACGCAGAUGCGCGCUCUUCUUCUGAUGCUUCUUCCCCCCAUAGUCCUACAGUCUCCGAGAAGCGAACAAUUGCCACACGUCGUCGAACGAUUGUGGCCGCACAGACAAGUCCAGCUCUAGUUCAUUUGCAAAACAUGCAUCGGUCAAGAUUAUCUGAGGAUCCACUACAUCAGCUUCAUCCGUCACCCCCGGCGCGUAUUGCCAGCCCAUAUCAAUCCUCUCCUUCGAUACCUACUACCCAGCAUCCUUUUCGGCAGUAUACACAGAACUUCGGCGAUUCCCUCCUUCAACAGUAUGAUUUGGAUUCACAAGCACAUCUCCUUAGAAGUCAUUAUUACCGUUCCGAAGUCCAUUUCCUGUUAACGCUCGAACACAUCUCUAACCGCCUACUCGUCGUGCCAAAGCCUGCACGAGUCAGCGCUCUUAGAGCCGAAUUAACUGCUCUUAACCAUAAGCUGCCCGCAGAGGUAUGCAUGCCUAUGUGGUGCUCUUCAUCCGAUAACCCUGUGCCUCGGAAUGGCUCGAAGCCGCACCACAAGAUUGUUCGAAUUCCCCCUGGCGAAAGCGUUGUGCUUAAUUCUGCGGAGCGAGCACCCUAUUUGCUCAUUAUCGAGAUCCUGCACGACGACCUUGACUUCGACCCGACGAAGAGAAGCAAUAAGGAGGCGCUCAAGCGUAUAGUUACGAAGGAGAACGAACGUAAAGGUGCUUCGAGAGAGCUUAUUGCUUUCGUCAGGUCAUCUCCUACGUCGAAGCUCAAUCCCUUUGUGGAUCCCGUUGUCCGCUCGGAAAACGCCUUGGGAAAGGACUCCACUGAGGAGCCAGAGGCUUCAUCGGUUCCUGCAGCCUCUGCUACCAGUGGUACUAAUUCUCUCAGUGGUGAUGAAGAGGAGAUGGACGUUGUUGAACAACUAUACAGGACCGGCGAGUCUCUCCGUGGGCCAAUAGACCUCACCGAGUCCAUUGUCCUUCCACCCCUGCUGAAGAACAAGGAGCUGGAUAUGGUCGCAUGGUCUCGGACCUCCUCCUUACCCUCCUCACCUCAUCCAGAAGGGAUAUCGACAUUAUCUUCCUCUCCCGCCUUUCUACCCGAUGGUGGUCAGUUCUCGACACUACCAUCAACCACUGGACUGCCAGAUUCGCCGCCUAGUUGUAACAGCAAUAGUCGUAUACUUUCGCUUGACGAUUACUCCGAACGCAUGCGUACGGCAGCUGUCAUGCUUUCGCAGCUCAAUGCGAACCUCAUUCGUGAGGCAGUGACCACAUUGCCUGCUUCGGAUCCAACUACGACGCCUAUUGGGUCGGGAGCGGCGCCCUUGUCGUCUGGCCCUCUGAGUUGGCUUCCUGGCACUGGCUGGUUAGGCGGCCCGCAUCACCAGGCAAACAGCGGACCACUACAUCCCUCGCUCGCUGGGAGGGCUGGCGAGUCACCUGCGACCACUCGGAUGCGUGUGCAGCAUGCAGAGGUAGCUGCCAUCAGAGAUCGUAUCAUGAAGGAGAUGAUUGCGCUUGAAGAAGAGCGAAUGGAGCGCAUGCGAGAGCAUAGGGAAGGAGAGGGAACGAUGCGCAUUGGUGAUUUGGGUAAUUUGGGUGAUAACCUGAAGAUCGCUGAGGACGAAACCAUUAUCAAGCGUGAGCUGAACAAGGCCGAUCCCUCAGCCGUAAUAUUCAGCGAAUCUUGGGCGGCGAAGAAGAGUCGAAUACGGCACGAAUCGCCGUAUGGUCAUCUAGCGAACUGGGACUGUAUCUCUGUGAUCGUUAAAACUGGUGGUGACCUUCGCCAAGAACAGGUCGCCGUUCAGCUCGUACAGCAGUUUGAGCAGAUUUGGGAAGAAGAGAGCUGUCAAUGCUGGGUCCGCUACUUCCGAAUUCUCACCACUGGCGCGUCGUCAGGCUUGGUAGAGACCAUAACAGACGCUGUGUCAAUACACUCCAUCAAGAAGUCCGAGUAUGCAAGGCGGUUGGCGGAGGGCCGUUUCGGAUACGUCACUCUCCUAGAUCACUUCAAGUCGACUUACGGCGAUCCAUCUACGACGAAGUUUGUCCGAGCGCAACGCAACUUUGCGAAGUCACUUGCAGGUUAUUCCAUCGUAACGUACCUGUUGCAAAUAAAGGAUCGGCAUAAUGGGAACAUAUUGCUGGACCGAGAGGGGCACCUCGUUCACAUAGAUUUUGGCUUCAUGCUGUCUAAUUCACCAGGUAACAUAGGUUUUGAGGCUGCACCAUUCAAGCUGCCAUCGGAAUACGUGGAAGUACUGGGGGGUGUGGAUGGAGAGCAAUUUUUGGAGUUUAAGCGUCUGUUUCGUGAGGGGUUCGAGGCUGCGAGAAAACAUUGCGACAGAAUCAUAACCCUGGUGGAGCUGAUGCAAAAAGACUCCAAACUUCCGUGCUUCGCUGCAUUCGGUGAACAGACCGCAGCUCAACUGCGUGAUCGCUUUCAACCUGCCUUGACUCAUUCCCUUGUGGGCGAAUAUGUUGACCGUCUCAUCGAUACCUCCUUGGGAUCCAAUUGGACGCGUCUUUACGACUCCUACCAAUAUUAUUCACAAUCCAUUCUAUAG